AUGCUAAAUUUCGCGGCACGUGCUAGUCAGCGAAUCCUCGGAAGUCAGAAUGCUGAUGCUACCGACAGCCAGCAACUGAGUUCUGUCUCUCCCUCGUCCUCAGUAUCUACUGUCUCUUCCAGUGGUGGCUUCGAGGAAAGCCUUGGAAGCCGAUCCACAACGGAGGGCUCUUCCUCCAGUGAAGAGGGCCAAAUCCUUAACUCAGACCAGCAGCCAGAUGAAAUGGAGCAGCACCAGGAAGAAAGUCAGAACCAGGUUGGAGUCGACCAGCCAUAUGAAGAGGAUCAGGGCCUUAAAGCCAACGAGGACUCUGUCUCCGAGACUCAAAUCGACGAGGACUCUGGUUCCGAGACUGAAGCCCAGGCCAGUGCUUUCAACCGUUUAUUUGACGCGGUCCAAAGCGCAGAGCACUCGGGUCGAGAAACCCCUCCUUCUAUCGGGGGAUCCGUGUAUAGGGAACAACCCCCACCAUAUUCCUCCCAACCCCCUUCGAGUGAAAUUGUCAUUCGGGGUGUUGAAGAUGGCGCCCGGACACAUGAGGGCAAUGGCGAACCGAUCCCACCCCCAUUAUACGUCCCGUCUACUUUGGACCAAGAACUGUUGCGGGUGAACGACGCCGACGACAGCCAUUCGUCCAACAACUCAUUAGGCGCCAUAUAUGAUACGGGAGCCGACGAUAUGGGCAGCAUCUCUGCCUAUGAGCAGGUGCCCGACGACGGACGAGCUAGUCCAGCCCAGGCACCAUCCCAAGCAACAUCAGACAAGCUAGUUGAAGAACAGAAAGACUCGGAGCGACCUGAGAGUCACCCUCAGACUCAUCCUCACGCAAGCCCACUUGAUGCCUUGGCCGAUCGCCCAGAAGACACCGACCAAACGUCCACGGCCCCCGCCCCUUUCUCAGACAGUCCCAGCUCAACUUUGGCCCAAAAGGGUAACCUUGAUAUCAGCGAGGGAGAUGUGCCUGCUAAAAAAGAAGAGGGGUCAGAGCCUCCAUCCUCUCCAAGCGCGUCUCUCAAAGACUUUCACAGCCAUCCGGACCCCAUCUUCGUCCACAAGAGUAACGCAAGAGACGAUAGAUUCGCUCCAUUCUUCAAGGGGCCCUGUCAGAGGCCAAACGAGACCAUAACGGACCUCACCAUCCGAGACCAGAUCCGGCGGUGCGCGGAGUUGUACGGACGGCCCCUCACCGAUACGGAGGAGGAUGUCAUCCGCAAGUUUCAUCGAGACUUGGAUCGGCCACGUGCGCCCGAGGAAGUUAGCGAGCCAACGUUUAUCCACUCCCCAGGGGCCCUAGCAAAAGUCGAGCUGUCGAUGGCACUUGAUACCGUCUCGUACGCGGGCGGUAGUAAUCAUGACUUGGAAAGCGGCAUGUCGCCUUCCAUCCCGCCGACGGCUUACAACACCGAAAUCGAAGACCUCAAGGACGAGUCUAACAGACUGUAUUACCUAAUCGAAGCCCUCACGAGUCGACUGGGGGAGGUCGAAGGGCGGGUCGACUCUGACAAGGAGCAGUUGCUCACGGCAUUAGACAAGAGGACGGCCAACCUAUUCCGCAAGAUCAGCGAGAUCGAGGCUUGCCAGGACGAGGUCGAGAAGCAGCUCAGGUCCAGCCAAGCGCAGCUCCACACGGCCUGCGCGGAUAUCGCGCAGUUCCAGGCCGAGAAGAAGGCCACACAAGAAAAGCUCGGCAAACUGGAGAAGGAGCUGCAGACUGUGAAGGGCCAGCUCCACAACAAGGAUAAGGCCGAGGACAGUAAGAGCACGCAGGAGCCCGAGAACAGGGACAAGGUCGAGCUCAGUAGGGAGGGCGCGAAUGAGCUCGACGGCCCGAGUAAGAUCAAGUCCGACAACAAGAGCACGAGCGAGCUUGACAACAAGAGCAACAACGAGCUCGACAACAACAGAAAGGCCCACACCACCACAGGCAGGAGCUGCGGACCUGAUCCGCAUUUGGCCGAAAGCACGCAGCCGUCGGCCCGAUGGUUCCAACUGACGAUUGGGUUCAACUCCAGCUAUGUGGUGUUUGCCAUGACGGUCUUGGUGUGGCUUGUGACCGAGGGGAUGUUGCAUAGUAAGCGGCUGUCGGAGGGUUAUGGGCCGUUCAUCAACGGGGGGUACAACGGGCUGGGGAGUGUGGUCAUCUUUGGCACUUGGUCCAAGUUCUUUCUUUUUUACGCCGUGGCUGUCUAUCUCGGCGUUGUUUCCCUCAGGACGGCGGUAAACUAG